AUGGCCAUGAUGCGCCCGACGCAGUACCUGCAGGAGAAUAAGCGCAUGUCGGCGAACGACUUUGUUGGGCCAGCGAUUCCCAUGUGUCUCGACCAAGGCAGCCUCGGCGACUCGUGGCUCAUGUGCGCUGCGGCCAUUGCGGCGGAAGAUGAGGCAGUGGUCCGCAACAUGUUUGUGCUGGGCUCACCGGAGGAGAAGGUGGUGGGUGCGUACCGCGUUAUGCUCAACAAGAACGGCUGGUGGCACAACGUCAUUGUGGACGACUACGUGCCCACGAUGAGUCACAUGCCCGUGUUCGGGCGCUCGUGGGACGAUCCGGCAGAGUUGUGGCCUUUAUUGCUUCAGAAAGCCUACGCGAAGGUUCACGGCUCCUAUGCUGCGGUUACUGGCGGCGACACGCUGCAGGCACUUGUCGACUUCACCGGCUCGGCAAUGUACCGCUUUGACAUGGAAUGGGAGGAGGCGGUGACGGACGCGAGUAAGGCGCACUCGUUCGCAGAGGCGCUGGUGCAGUUUUCCAGCGCUGGUGCUUCUAUUGUGCUCAGCACUCCUGGCAUCCACUCCAAGAGUUAUCUGGGCUGCAAGCAGGCGAGCGAUCCGGCAGCCUUCAGCGCCCACUAUGCGGAGGUCGGGUUGCGCACUGGCUACACGUACUAUGUAGAGCGCGUCGUGAUCGUCGAGGAGCUCCACGUACUGUUCAAGGUACGCAACCCGUGGCGCUCGUCAGGCAAGUGGGCUGGUGCGUGGAGCUACGGCUCGCAGGAAUGGACGCAGAAUCCGGCUGCGUGCUCUCUCUGUGGUGUCCAGGAGGACCCGCAGGAUUGCACCUUCUGGAUGUGUUGGGAGGAUGCCACCCAAUACUUCGAUGGGGGCGGCGUUCUGUUUUCCAUCCCCGGCGCUACGGACUACCGUGUGAAGGGCGUAUUUCAGGAGACCAUCCCGAGCGCGAUUCUGGAGAUAACGGCCCACGAAUCAACCCAGGUGCUCCUCACCCUCUCGCAGCCCGACAAACGCGGCGUGGACUUCAAGGAGUGCUCGUCGCUCUUCGCGCCGAUCAUGCUCACUAUGUCCAAGAAGGAGGGCAGCCUGCAGCGCGUGCAGAAGAACACCAGCUGUAACCCGGCGAAUCCUUCGGAGAACUUCAACUUUAUCGUUGGCCGCGAGGUCGCCAUGUGGGUUACGCUGGAGGCAGGGGAGCGGUACCACAUCGUGCCGCGCAUGCACCACCGUGGGAUCUUGGUGCCCUACAACCGCCCGUAUGUGAUGGGCCUAAUUUCUAUGAAUGAUCUAAAGGGCCGCGUGCAGGUGGAGGCGAAGCAACUUGAGAGCGACUCGAGCGCCUUCACCAAUUACAUCGCCUACAACUCGGAGGAGCUGCCUUCGGUCGAGGUGGAGUGUCAAAUGCACCUCCCUGGCAAGGCCCCCGUGACGUACGUUUCCGCCACAGUGGUUUAA